AUGUUACCAUGAUUCAAUCAGACAUUUACAGUGACGAACACAUACUUGCAAUGUUAAACAAGGAUUAGAAGUCUUUUGACCAAAAAGCAUUACAGAAAUUGAAAACAUUGAAAUGGAAAGCAACAUUUUUCUGUUCCAUAUAUGGAUAUUUACAUCAUUUGCUACAGUGAUUCAUUGUGCAAUGUGUUCAACAAAGGUGGGUCGUCCCCCUGGUAAGCUCGCAUCACGGGCCACAAACCAGGUCUACCUUAUGUUGAACAACACAUUCCGCUGUGAUGGCGUCAUCACUGCGUGGCACUACUAUCGCGUCAAUAGUAUCUCUGCUGUCUUUGCUGGAGUGUGGCGCCACCCUAGUAAUGCCCCCGAGAACUACUACCACAUGGUCGGGCAGAAUCUACUGCCUCCUGCAGGGAAGGGCCUCCAGUCUGUUUACAUACCACCCUCAAAACAGAUUGAGGUCAGAGAGGGAGAUUUUCUAGGGAUUCACCACUCAUGGAAAACAAAGCAAAGCCCAGUUGCUAUGGAAACCAAUGAAACAACAAUAACAUUUCAGAGUGAUUUGUACAUGACUGUCCGUGCAGGGUUAUAUAAUGAGAACAUGCAAACUGGAGUGUUAAACCUGAAUCUACAUGAUAGGAGGGUGACCAUGGCUAACUUGGCCAUGCAAGCAGAGGUGAAAAAUGAUGCAGAAGAUGGCUUUAUCACACGAAUAGUCUGCAACAAACUUCCUUUCACAGUGAACUGUGGAGACGGUCGCAUCAUCGUCAUCAAGAGUGCCCUCUAUGGUAGAAUAGAGAACCAAUGUGAGGUGACAAUUGCCACACAGUGUAAUCCAGCAGAUGUGAGGCAGAAACUGAGCAAAAUGUGUGCUGGGAAACGCUCCUGUGAGGUACAAGUGGACAGCGCAAGAUUCGGUAAUCCGUGUAGUGGAGAGGAAAAUCUGGAAGUGAAAUACAAGUGUUUGGCAGAAGCCUUUGUUAGUUAUGAAUGCAAUGAGAAGAACAUCACAAUAUAUGGUCAACAGGGAUACCUAGCCUCACCUCAUUAUGCAACAACAUACAGACAACCAGUCAAGAACCAGUUUAACUGUUCCUGGAAUAUCUACGUCAAACCAGGUCAACAAAUCAACCUUAAACUCUUAGACUUCGACACUGGUAUAGUUGCACAUGAUCACCAGGGGGACUCGCAGUGCAUGAACAGAUUGACGGUUAAUGAUCACGUAAAUCACCCAUUCGCAGAAUGUGCCAAUAAUUUGCUCUCUGAUAUUGUUGUUUUGAGCAGCUCUGCCAACCUGCGUCUAAUCACAACACUUGGACGUAACAACAGGGGUGUACUGAUAUACUAUGAAGCUAUAGGGUGUCCAUUCCUGAAACCGCCUAUCAAUGCUGCAAUUACCCGGCUGAGGAGGGAACCAAAGAACACAGUGAUUGUUCUUUGUGAUUCAACCUUUGCUUUUCUGGAGUCUCAGGUCCAAGGCCGAGUCCUCAGAUGUGAAGGCACCCAAUGGAACAACACUGUUGGUGAAUGCGUGUCAGGAAGUGUGAUCCGUUCUCUAACUACUGCUCCAACGAGUCUUGCCACGACAGUAACAAGCCUCUCCACUAGAACAACAAGCCUCUCUUCUACAACAACAAGCCUGUCGACUACAACAAGCAUCACUUCUCCAACAACAGAAACAACAAAAACAAUCACAACAACUAAAGGGCCCAAUCCAACUAAGACAACACAAGCUACAGAUACACAUGAAAAUUCCAUAUCAACUAGUUCAACAACACCUAGUGUAACAGCUAGACCAUCACCAGCAAUAAUAACAGAUUCAACAGUCCGCAUAGAAAAACAAACUAAUAUGCCUAUGUAUAAUACAACUUUAAACAACAUGACAGACUUGAUAAUUGAAUCAUUAACACAUUCAACAUCAUUCAAUAUUAAUACAACAAAACAACCUUUAACAGAGUCAUCAACAACAUCAGAUGUACGCACAAAAACACCCUCAGAUCAAAAUCAAAACAGUUCCAGUUUUGGAACAUUGACAGCAUUCGCAAUAUUUAACAUAUCAAGCUCAACAAGUCAGCCUCACAGACCAGAUUCUACUCCCGUUGAUAAAGUGGAAGAGGUGACUACAGCAGGUUGGGACCAAACUCCAAAGAAUGCAACAAAGGAGCAAAAAGAACUAGAAGAGAACAUCAAACUCAAGGGAACAAUCAGCAAUAUGUCUGACACAGGGAAAUCAGACACUGGGAAUUCCAGCCUACGUGUUUCAAUUGAUGAUCUCCAUAAUACAUCUAUCAAGUUUGCUGCGGGCGUUCUAGUGGGUGUCACCGUUGCUGUACUCCUGGGGGGUGUAGCUCUUGGCAUAUUCUUCUACUGUAUAAAAAUAAGGAAUAGAGUUAGCAUACAAGAGCCAAGGCUGGUCCAGUCAACCAUCAUCCAUCACAGACUGCAGGAGAACCCAUUGUACCAAUGCUCAACAGACAGCCCCAUUAUCGUAGCAGCUCCAGCCACAUUGAGACCACACCCAAAGGUCCCUGUGAAAAACUCGAAACGACGGAGGUCUCAGAAUCGUUGCCUGUUGAAUUCUACAUCCUCUAAAGAAGAAGAUGAAUACAUGGAAAUGGGGGAUACAGAUAGCACAUUGCCUAAUUCUGCAACUCUUUUCCGAGGUUAUUCAACAAAGUCUCAAGUAAAUCAUAACUGUCCAAAGCCUCCUUUAAAGAAAGUGACAUUGAAAUAUAGAGUGAAGCAUGCGGGAAAUCUACCAGCUCAGGGAAAUCCUGAAAAUGCAGAUCCAUUCCCAUAUCCUACACCUAGUUGCUAUGACAAUGUGUAUGAUGACACAGUUGCCCCUGAUGAUAAUGAUCACAAACUGAAUCACUUCUAUGAGACCUUACAUGAUGAUCCUCCACAAAAAUCAAAAUAUAAUGAACAUGAUGGUAUGAAAGAGCGUCCACAGACACCAGAUGUCUUGAAGAAUGUACUUGUACAGUCCAAUAAUCCCACACACAUAAUAAAGCAUACAGGGACCAAUCAUUAUGAUGAUAUAGCAUUCAGUGACCACUCCAGGUCUUCAACACCAUCAACAAUAAGGUCCUCAACAUCAACUCUUGAGACAGAGAGUAGCGAUAGAGAGACACUUGAUGCAGUGGUGGACAUGAUAGAGAAUGAACUGUACCACACACAGAAUGAUGUGACUACUACAGAUUUAUGAUAGAGAAUGAACUGUAUAACACACAGAAUGAUGUCACUACUACAGAUUUAUGAUUGAGAAUGAACUGUAUAACACAAAGAAUGAUGUCA